UCCGACUUUUUGACUCCUGUGUUCAGCUUCUGAGGGAGCAGGGCGGGGUCCCCAGGGGCGCAGAUGCACAGCAGGUGGGCGGGGCAGCGGCUUUAAAGGCCUUUCUGUCCAGCUGCUCCCCAGUUACCAAGAUGCCUCUCCUCCUGAGUCUCCUGCUGGCCUCAGCCCUGAGUCUGGAGCUGGCCUGUGCCAUGCAGUGUCACCAGUGCACAGGCUUUGGGAUCUGCCACCAUCUGGCGAGCUGCCCCUGGAACUCCGACCACUGCGUCACUGUGGCCUCCCGAGCCGCUGUCAGCCUGCAGGACGAGCCACUGGUGAUGAAGAUGUGCUCCCAGGGCUGCCCUGAGCCUGCUGCCCUGGGCCUGGGCCGGCGCGUGUCUGUGUCCUGCUGCCAGGCCAGUGCCUGCAAUGAGGACUGAUCCUCCGUCCCACCAGCAUGCUCCUGAGCACCCCAAUAAAACAGUCCAGCUCA